AUGUUGGUACCUUAUUAAAAGUAUAAUCAUAUUUUAAUUAUCCUAUUUUAACAAUUCAACCUUAUUUUGAUUCACAAUUAUACUGUUAAAUUCCAAGUCAACAACAAUUACUUUGAUAAAACUCCAAUUACUUAUUAUUAAGUAAUCAAUCUAGAUAAUACUUAAAUAACUCUAAGAAUUGAAUAGAAUGUUCUUGAUUAUAUAAUCUUUGAAUAUUACAUAAUCUAAAUAAAACAUUUAUUUAGUUUCAGAUUGACUUGA